AUGGCAUCAACCGCACCUCCUCGCCCUCGAGCGCGACCUGCCCAUACUCAGGGUUCAACCCAUUGCGCCUACACGCCGAAUGGAUCAAAGCUGGUCACUGUUGGCUCCAACAACACGAUUCGACUAUACAAGACCGGUUUCGACGGCGAGCCUAUCAACAUCGACGAUUGCCAGGAACAGAAUGUCAGCGUAGCCGCCUCGGACGACUUCUUCGUCGUCGGUUCCGAAGACGGAACCGUCAGUCUAUACUCGAUUCCCAACGCCACCUUCGACAAGUACCUUCUUCGAUCUUCCCUCCCCGUUCGAGACGUCGCAUUGUCACCGGAUCACAAAUGGUGCGCCGUUGCUAGCGACGAGCUCACCGUGAAACUCGUUCGAGUCAACCAAAACACACAAAUCCGCCAUCUCAAGGAACAUAACAAGCCCACGAAGCACUUGGUAUUCGACACCAAAGGGGAGACGGUGGCACUCUCUUGCACCGACGGAGUUGUAUAUGUCUAUGACUUGGCCUCUGAAGAGCCGGAAUUGAUCAGGAGAGUCGACAGCAUCAUCGGUGUAGUAGACACUGAGUCUGAGAUCAGCACCAAGGUAGCCUGGCAUCCCGAUGGACGCGCCUUUGCCCUCCCGACCCCUACGAGGGAUAUCCAAGUCGUGUCAAAGGACGACUGGGAGAAACAACGAACCUUCUCAAACGGUCACACUGGAGACAUAACUGCUCUGGCCUGGUCGCCAAAUGGGGCAAUGCUGGCCUCGGCUGGAAAGGACAAGAAGAUCCUGAUAUGGGAGACAAAGAGCCAGGUUGUCAUUGCAAAGCACGACUAUUCAAACGUUAUCGACAUUGCGUGGCAUCCUACCGACAACCUCGUGUCUUUCACAAACUCCGAUGGAGAAGUGUACAUCCACCCAGGCUUUGUACCUGAACAGUCUGUGCCGUUAUUGGAGCUGUCCAAGCAGCCGGCUCCGUUCAUCCACGACCCCCUAUCCGAGAUCUCAGCCAACAUCAGACGACCAGAGGCCAAUGGCUUGAAGCCAGGCCUUGCUACCAGACCCCGCAGAGAUUCACUCGACAGCUAUGACUCUCUCGUUGACGGCCCCCUUCAAGGGGAUGACGAGUUCGUGGUUGACGAUGAUGGUGCUGGCUAUGUGGUCAACGGGAACGGCAAGCGGGCGCAUGACCGAAUUGAUGUAUUCGGUGAGCCCCUGAGUAAGCGUCGCAACAUUGAACCGGAGUAUCAUGAGGCAUUCCAGCCGGGGUCAACACCAUGGCGAGGAAACCGCAAGUACUUAUGCCUGAACCUGACUGGGUUUAUUUGGACUGUAGACCAGGAUGGACACAACACCGUCACUGUUGAAUUCUACGACCACGAGUUUCACAGAGAUUUCCAUUUCACCGACACCUUUCUUUACGACAAGGCUUGCCUGACUGAGAACGGUGCUCUAUUCUCAUGCCCACCCAAUGAUGAUACGCCAGCAACCAUUUUCUAUCGGCCCCACGAGACGUGGACGCACCGGACUGACUGGAGGACACAACUGCCCAAAGGCGAGGCUGUCCUUGCGAUGUCCCUGAGCGAGUCAUUCGUGACUAUCACAACAACAGCGAACUAUGUUCGAGUCUACACACUGUUCGGCAUACCCUACAAAGUAUACAGGCCAAAGAGCUCUCCGAUGGUAACAUGUGCAAGCUGGAGAGACUAUGUCAUGACCAUUGGCAACGGACCAGUUGGCGCAGGUGGUCAUACGAAACUUCAGUACACCAUCGAGAACAUCAAGAGGGAUGAGAUCUGCCAGAAUGAAGACACCGUAGCACUACCAGAAGGCGCAGUCUUGAAAAGCGUUUUCUUCUCCGACAGUGGCGAUCCAUGCAUUUAUGACUCUACUGGGACAUUGUUGACACUCCUGCACUGGCGUCAACCGUCCCGAGCAUGCUGGAUACCGCUACUUGACACCAAGCUUCUGCCACGUCUCGCAUCGGGACGGAAGACGGAGAACUACUUUCCAAUUGCAGUCGCGGACAACAAAUUCCACUGCAUCAUCCUCAAAGGCGGAGACCAAUAUCCGUACUUCCCACGUCCACUCCUAUCCGAGUUCGACUUCUCCAUCCCACUAACCUCGGAGCCGCCAAAGGCAAAGAAGGUCAACGCAGAUGCCAUGGACGACGAUGACACGCCCAAGGCUGACGAGGACGAGUCGGAGACCCGCAAGCUCGAACAGCAAUACCUACUGAAGGGCAUCGCUGCCGCACAGCUCCAGGAUCUCGCGGACUCGAGAAGCGGCAGUCACACGCAGCGCUCGACGCUGGUCAGGCUGGAGCUGGAGAUCGACAAGACGCUGCUCCAGUUCCUCGCGGUCGAGUGCCGCGAGGGCGAGGACCGGGGCAUGCGCGCGCUGGAGCUGGUGGACCUCAUGCGCGACCGCACGGGACGAAUGGUCGAGGCGGCGGGCAAGGUGGCCGAUCGGUACGGGCGGUCGAUCCUCGGGGAGAAGAUUCGCGAGGUCGGCGAGCGGAGGGCCAAUGCUAUGGUUGAUGACGACUUUUAA